AUGCCGCCGAAGACCACGAAGCGCUGGGUGCCGGUCAACCGGAACGCCGGAACGUCCCGCGGGCGCGACGAAGGCGGCCCCGACGCCGACCGCCUCAGCGCGCUCCUGGUCGCGCCCCUGUACCAGCGCUUGGUGGUGCCCGCGACGAGCACCACGCGGUCCCAGCGCUGGGUGCCCGCGACAAGCACCAUGUGGUGGGUGCCGGUCAACCGAGCUGGGGGAGCGUCAGGGUCACGUGGGCGCGAGGGAGGCGACCCUGAUGCCGGCCGCCUCAGCGUGCUCCCGGACGCGCUGCUGCACCACAUCAUGUCCUUCCUCAAGGCGUGGGAGGUGGUGCGGACCUGCAUGCUGUCGUGGCGGUGGCGCCACCUCUGGGCAUCCGUGCCCUGCGUCGAUCUCCACGUCGGCCAGGAUGACUACGACGAGGUACCAGAGGACUUUCCUGACUUUGUGCGCCUCCUGUUCCGUCACCGUGAUGCGACGGUGGCCCUGGACACGCUCCGUCUGCGGUCGAGCAAUGUUGAUGGUGCACAUAAUGAAGAUGAUGCCAGGUUGUGGAUCAGUACUGCGAUCAAUCGUGGUGCUCGAGUAAUUCAUCUUGUAGGGCAUCGCAAGGGGGCUUGGCUUUGUGGCGGCCGCCUUGCGACGCUUGAGCAGUCAUCUUUCGUCUCGUGCCACCUCAAGAUCUUGAAGCUAUCCUAUGCCCUGCUGGAUGACAGCAUCCUCAGGCAGCUUUCAUGUCAUUGUCCGUCUUUGGACUCAAGAUUUUGA